CUUGCAUCCAUCUCAUCCCCGCGACACUCGCCACCGCGCCCCCCUCUCCCUCCGCUUUCUUUCGAGCCCGCACAUCGAGCCCGCCACGCAACAUGUCUUGGAAAUUGGGAGCAUCUUCUAAAAAGGCGAAGGACAGCAAGGACAAUGGCUCGCGAUCAGUCACUCCCAUCCCAUCGCGGCCAACGACGCCGCGACCGAACAUGACUGGCGAGCAGUUCCGGUCUGGCAUGCUCACCAUCAGGAUCUUCUCAGGGCAAGGCCUCGCGCUCGCUCCGGGCGUGCAGGUCCCCGAGGUGAUCCAGAAGGCGCUGAACAGCUCCCCGGCAGCCCGCAAGCCAGCGAGCAACCGGGAGAGCAUGCAGCGCAAGCGCAACUGGUGGCUCCCAUACGUCGUCCUCGGCUUCGACAACAACCAGAUCCUGAUCGAUGCGCUCGGGGGCGACCUCGCGACGCCCGUGUGGAAUUACAAGGCAGACUUCGACGUGUCCCGGACGUCCAUCGUGACCGUCUCGGCGUAUCUCCGUACGGCGGCCGCUGUCCACAGUCAGGAGGACAUGGGCAACGAUCUUCUCAUGGCGAGGCUGGACCUCGAACCUGCCUUAGAAGGAUAUGAUGUGCAUGACGCAUGGUACAACGCCACCAUCGGCACGGGCUCUUUCCACCUCAAGAUCGACUACAAGCCGCAGCGGGACAAGGCACAUACGAUCGAGGAGUUCGACCUGCUCAAGGUCAUCGGCAAGGGCUCCUUUGGCAAGGUGAUGCAGGUCCGGAAGAAGGACACGCAGCGGAUAUAUGCGCUCAAGACGAUCCGCAAGGCGCACAUCGCCUCGCGGCCCGGCGAGAUCACGCACAUCAUGGCGGAGCGGACGGUGCUCUCGCUGGUGAACAACCCGUUCAUCGUCCCGCUCAAGUUCUCGUUCCAGACGCCGGACAAACUCUAUCUUGUGAUGUCAUUUGUAAAUGGCGGAGAGCUGUUUUACCAUUUGCAGCGGGAAGGCAAAUUCAACCAGGAGCGGAGCCGGUUCUAUGCUGCAGAGCUCCUUUCCGCGCUUGACCACCUUCACGCGUUCAAUGUCGUGUACCGGGAUCUGAAGCCGGAAAACAUCUUGCUUGACUACGAAGGACACAUUGCUUUGUGUGACUUUGGUCUCUGCAAGCUGGGUAUGUCGGAGACGGAGAAGACUAACACGUUCUGCGGGACGCCCGAGUACAUCGCACCGGAGCUCCUCGAGAAUCAGGGGUACACCAAGACCGUCGACUGGUGGACACUGGGUGUUCUUCUGUACGAAAUGAUGACUGGUCUCCCGCCAUUCUACGACGAGAACGUGAACACGAUGUACCAGCGCAUCCUCAGCGACCCGUUGAACUUCCCCGCGGAUAUGCCCCCCGAGGCGCGCAGCGUCAUGACGGGCCUGCUACAGCGUGACCCGACGAAGCGGAUGGGCGCGAACGGCGGCGAGGAGAUCAAGCGGCAUGCGUUCUUUGCCAAGCACAUCGACUGGUCCAAGCUCCUCGCGAAGAAGAUUCAGCCGCCGUUCAAGCCGUCUGUCGAGUCCGUGCUGGACGUGGCCAACUUCGACCCGGACUUCACGAACGAGGAGGCGCAGGAUUCGGUCGUCGAGGACUCGCAUCUGUCCGAGACGGUGCAGGACCAGUUUAAGGGGUUCACGUAUAACCCCGCGAACGAGCAUCUCAGCGAGAGUGUGAGCUACUGAGCGGUGGGCGCCGCGAGGCAGUUCGGACGUGUGCCUCUCCGAGUUCCCCGAGCCUACUACUGGUGUCUGCGGAGUCCCAUUUCGUGCAAUGUGCCCUUUAGAAGGGUAGCUUGCACCUUAUUUAUUAUUGCGGGUCUAGCAUCCGACGUCUCUUGGGGUCCGUGUUUCGAUCGUAUAAUCAUCCCUACGCCUCCUUUCUUGUUGUCAUGGACCCGCCCUUGUUGUACGCACGUCGAAUGGCCAGCACGCCAAAUGAACAGCUGGCUACCUCUUGUAUCCAUGCGCCUGUCUAUGCUGUUUUUCGCUUUCUUGUGUCCAAAAGCUACUUUUAUUUGCUUGUAUCGUUACACAGCGUACAGAUGUGUGUCUGCAAUCGAUAGAUAGAUGAACG